UCCAUCCAAGCUUGCUGCUGCCUGCUAGCGUCCCUAAUGAGCAAUGAGGCGCGCGAACGCAAAGCCCAUUGCCCGCCGCUUCGGCACAUGCACUGUGAACACCCGACCAGUCAACUCCUUCAAAGAACUUCAUGGUCACCUUAUCAGGAAACACCUUCACACAGACCCAAUCUCGAUGUUCGAAAUUAUUAAAUGGUAUGCACUAUCCCCUGCAAAUUUACUCACAGCCCAAUUUGCUUUUGAUCAAAUCAACCACCCCAAUUUGUCGCUUUGGAACCUCAUGAUCCGGGGUUGGUCACACAGUGAUCAGCCCAGGGAAGCAAUUCGUGUGCAUAACCGUAUGUAUCACCAAGGACUUCAUGGUAACAAUUUGACUCUCAUUUUUAUUGUUAAGGCUUGUGCUAGAGUUUCUGAUGUUUUAUAUGGUAAAUUAGUUCAUUCCCACUCUUUCAAGCUUGGAUUUGAGUCUUAUCUUUAUGUCUCUAAUGCCUUGAUUCAUUUGUACGCUUCUUGUGGUGAUCUGGGUCUUGCGCAGAAGUUGUUUGAUGAAAUGGGUGAAAGAGAUUUGGUUUCUUGGAAUUCUUUGAUAUGUGGGUAUAGCCAAUGCAAUAAAUUUAGAGAGGUUUUGGGUAUUUUUGAGGCAAUGCAGGCGGCAAAUGUGAAGGCUGACGCAGUCACGAUAAUGAAGGCUGUUUUGGCAUGCUCUGUUUUGGGUGAGUGGGAUUUUGCUGACUCAAUGGUUGAGUACGUUGAGGAAAAUCACGUCCCAAUUGAUCUCUACCUGGGAAACACCCUGAUAGAUAUGUAUGGACGACGGGGUAUGGUUGAUUUGGCCCAAGAAGUAUUUGAUUGGAUGAAGCAGAGAAAUACAGUUUCUUGGAAUGCGUUAAUUAUGGGUUAUGGAAAAGUGGGAAACUUAGUAGCUGCUCAGAAGUUGUUUGAUGAGAUGCCACAGAGAGAUGUGAUAUCAUGGACUUCCAUGAUCACUGGUUACUCCCAAGCUAACCAAUUUACAGAGGCAAUUAGACUUUUUAACGAAAUGAUGGCUGCUCAGGCGAAGCCUGAUGAAAUUACUGCUGCUACCGUGCUUUCUGCAUGUGCCCAUCUAGGGUCACUGGAUGUUGGAGUAGUAGUUCAUGACUACAUACGCAAGAAUGAUGUAAAAGUCGAUGUUUAUGUAGGAAAUGCCUUGAUAGAUAUGUAUUGCAAAUGUGGAGUGGUGGAGAAAGCAUUGGAGGUGUUUAAAGAGAUGAGGAUCAAGGACAGUGUGUCGUGGACUUCAGUUAUCACAGGCCUUGCUGUGAAUGGUUGUGCAGAUUCUGCUCUCGAACUUUUUUCACAAAUGUUGAGUGAAGGUGUUCAACCUUCUCAUGGGGUCUUUGUUGGCAUUUUGCUAGCCUGUGCUCAUGCCGGGUUGAUUGACAAAGGAUUGGAAUAUUUUGAAAGUAUGGAAAGGGUUUAUGGGCUGAAACCCGAAAUGAAACAUUAUGGAUGUGUUGUGGAUCUUCUGAGUCGCUCUGGCAAUGUAGAAAGGGCAUAUGAGUUCAUCAAACAAAUGCCAAUAGUUCCAGAUGUUGUGGUGUGGAGGAUAUUAUUGAGUGCUUCUCAGCUUCACAGAAAUGUGCCCAUGGCUGAGAUUGCAUCGAAGAAGCUUCUUGAAGUGGAUCCAUCUAACAGUGGUAACUAUGUACUAUCUUCUAAUACUUACGCUGGCUCAGAUAGAUGGGAAGAUGUUAUUAGAAUGAGAGGGAUGAUGGAAGAGAGUAAUGUUCAGAAACCAUCAGGUAGUAGUUCCAUAGAAAUAGACAGUUCUACGAAUUCUCAUAAUACUUGUUUUAUUCGACAUUAAGAUAGGAAAAAGGUAAGUUGACC